GUCAGUACAGUGCUGUACCACCUCCUCAAGCUACACAGGCAAAAAAAGGCCUUGCCAAGGCUCCUGCAAAGAAGACUGAGAGCAGUGACUCUUCCGACAGUAGUGAUGAGGCAGAGCAAGUGACCCCAAAGGGAGGAGCAGGCAAAACAGUAGUAGCUAAAACAAUCCCUGGCCCCAAAACCAAAGUUGUGGCUACCAAGAAGGCUGAAUCCAGUUCUGACAGUGACUCAGAUUCUAGCUCUGAAGAUGAUAAGAAGAAAGUAGGGAGUAAGCUUCCAGCUAAACAACCUGUGAUGAAGAAUACUUCCAAACCAGCAAAAGUAGCUGUGAAGCCAGGACAAGCAAAGAAAGACUCCAGUUCUUCCUCAGACAGCUCAGAUUCUGACAGCUCUGCCAAGAAGGCCCCUGUGAAGCCCACAACUAAAGCAGCAACCCCUGCAAUAAAGAAACCACAGGCUGCCACAAAGAAGGCACAAAGUAGCUCUGAUUCAGAUAGCAGCUCCAGCAGCUCUGAGGAUGAGAAGAAGAAGAAAGAAACGCCAGCUAAAUUAGCUGGCAAAGUGAGUAAGCCAGUGUCCAAAUCUUCUACCCCAGCUCCCAAAGCAAGCACUUCUGACUCUGAUAGCUCAAGCAGUGAAGAAGAAAAGAAGCCAGCAGUGAAACCACCCAGCAAAUCUACAGGGGCAGCAAAAGCAACUGUGGGGAAGAAGGCAGCUGCUUCUAGUAGUAGUAGCAGCUCAUCUGAUAGUUCCAGCGAAGAGGAUGAGAAGCCCAAAAAGGCAGGGAAAGGGGCACAGAACAGUUCUAAGACCACUGCCUCCACAGAGAAAGCAAAAGCAUCCACACCAGCAGCAAACAACCUGAAGUCCAAGCCAGCUGGUGGCAGCAGUAGCAGUAGUGAAAGCAGCUCUGAGGAAGAGACUGGAAAAGCCAAUGGAGGCACAAUCCCGAAGAAACAGAAGAGGGAAGAUGUUCAGGAGCCAGAGACACCACACAACAAAAAGGCAAAGAUCAAAGCCAAAACACCACACACAGUUCCCAAGGUGAAAAAGCAGGGCUCUCCAUUCCGCCGAGUAAGGGAAGAGGAGAUUGAGCUGGAUGCCCGUGUUGCUGAUAACUCAUUUGAAGCAAAGAAAGGAGCAGCUGGUGACUGGGGUGAGAAGGCUAACAAUAUCCUGAAGUUCACUAAGGGCAAAUCUUUCCGCCAUGAGAAGACAAAGAAAAAACGAGGCAGCUACCGUGGGGGCACUAUAUCAACCCAAGUCAAUUCCGUCAAGUUUGAGAGUGACUGA